CGGUCAAGAAGGAGCUCCCGGGCCGCGAAGACCUGGCCCUGGCGCUGGCCACCUUCCACCCGACCCUGGCUGCGCUGCCAGUGCCGCCGCUGCCCGGCUACCUGGCGCCACUGCCCGCCGUGGCCGCCCUGCCCCCGGCAGCCUCGCUACCCGCCGCGACAGCCGGCUACGAGGCGCUGUUGGCUCCGCCGCUCCGCGCCCCGCGCGCCUACCUGAGCCUGCACGAGGCCGCCCCCCACCUCCACCUGCCCCGGGACCCUCUGGCCCUCGAGCGCUUCUCGGCCACUGCGACUGCGGCACCGGAUUUCCAGCCGCUGCUGGACAACGGCGAGCCGUGCAUCGAGGUGGAGUGCGGCGCCAACCGCGCGCUGCUCUACGUGCGCAAACUCUGCCAGGGCAGCAAGGGCCCGUCCAUCCGCCACCGCGGCGAGUGGCUCACGCCCAACGAGUUCCAGUUCGUCAGCGGCCGCGAGACGGCCAAGGACUGGAAACGCAGCAUCCGCCACAAAGGGAAAAGUCUGAAGACGCUUAUGUCCAAGGGGAUUCUGCAGGUGCACCCUCCGAUCUGCGACUGUCCCGGCUGUCGAAUAUCCUCCCCGGUGAACCGGGGUCGGUUGGCAGACAAGAGGACAGCUGCCCUGCCCCCUGCGCGGGGCCUGAAGAAGGAACUGACCCCCAGCUUCUUGGCCAGCGACGGCAGCGGCGAUGGGAGCGCCCCGGCCUGUGGGCAGCAGCCCGGCUUAAAGCAGGAGGAUGACCCUCACGUCCGUAUCAUGAAGAGAAGAGUCCACACCCACUGGGACGUGAACAUCUCCUUCCGGGAGACGUCCUGCAGCCAGGACAGCGGUCUCCCCUCUCUCAUAUCCAGUCUGCAUCACAGCCACCUCGUUAUGCCCGAGCACCAGAGCCGCUGCGAAUUCCAGAGGGGCAGCGUGGAGCUCGGCCUGGGGGCCGCAGGUGACCUGGGCAAGAGACUGGGCCGCUCCACCCACAUCAGCAGUGACUGCCCUUUGGAGAAGAAGGCCCGAAGCAAGUCCCCCCAAGAGACUCUGCUGCUGCCCAGCAUGGCCCCCGAGGACCACUACCGCCGGCUGGUGUCGGCACUGAGCGAGGCCGGCACCUUCGAAGACCCGCAACGUCUCUACCACCUGGGCCUCCCCAGCCAUGAUCUCCUGAGGGUCCGGCAGGAGGUGGCAACAGCUGCUGUGAGGAGCCCCGGUGGCCUGGAUGUCCACCUGCCCUCGGCCACAGCAGGUCAGCGUCGGAAGCAGGGCCUGGCCCAGCACCGAGAGGGCACCACUCUGGCUGGUGCGCCAUCCUUCUCUGAGAGGGAGCUGUCACAGCCGCCCCCCUUGCUGUCGCCUCAGAAUGCCCCGCACAUCGCCCUGGGCCCCCACCUCAGGCCUCCCUUUUUGGGGGUGCCCUCGGCUCUGUGCCAGACCCCAGGCUAUGGCUUCCUGCCCCCAGUCCAAGCAGAGAUGCUCGCCCGGCAGCAGGAGAUCCUGCGGAAGCAGAACCUGGCCCGGCUGGAGAUGUCAGCAGAGCUGCUGCGUCACAAGGAGCUGGACAGUACAAACCGGCCACAGCUGCUGGCACCCGAAGCCGCCCUGCACCCGCCCGAGGCCGCCGAGGACCUGCCCCGGCGUGGGGCCAUGCUGGUGCUGAGACACAGCUCCACGCCGCUAUUGGCCCUGCCCCCGCAGGGCCCCCCGGGCCCCGGCCCCCCCACCCCACCCCGGGAGCCUGCCCGCAGAGCUCCUCGGAAGGGAGGUUCCAGCCCGGCCUCCACCCGGCCCAGUGAGCCCAAGGAGGCCACAGGGACUGGGCUCUGGGCACAUGAUGGCUCUGAAGAAGAGCCCCCCAAGGACUCAGACGGAGAAGACCCUGAGAUGGUGGCUGUUGGGGGCCUGGGCCCCACCCCGGGCCAAGCCCUGGCCGGAGGGACCAGCUCUGAGGGGAAGGGGCUUCUCUCAGGGUCUGUGCUGCCCCCUCCACUGCCCUUGGGCCUACCCUACGCCAUCAGCCCCUACUUCCACACAGGUGCUGUAGGGGGGCUCUUCACUGAUGGGGAAGAGACCACCGCCUCUGAGGACGUCAGCAAGUGGACAGUGGACGACGUCUGCAGCUUUGUGGGGGGCCUGUCUGGCUGUGGAGAAUAUGCGCCGGUGAGGCGGGGCACCGGCCUAGCACAGGUUUUCAGGGAACAGGGGAUAGACGGGGAGACCUUGCCCCUGCUGACAGAGGAGCACCUCCUGACCACCAUGGGGCUGAAGCUGGGGCCUGCUCUCAAGAUCCGGGCCCAGGUGGCCAGGCGCCUGGGCCGAGUCUUCUACAUGGCUAGCGUCCCCGUGGCUUUGCCGCUGCAGCCACCAACACUGCGGGCCCCUGAAAGGGAGCUCCCCUCGGGAGAGCAACCCCCGUCCCCAGCAACGGCUCCCUCCCCCUACGGCCCAGUGCAUCCCACUGCUGGCCGAGCUUCACCCAAGCAUGAGAAUGGUACCAUGGCCCUGCUCCCAGGGCCUGCAGACCCGCCCCAGACUCUGUGCUGAGUUGGGGAGUGAGCUGCUCUGACCUCCAGCCCUCGGUGCAAAGGCCCCUCCCCCACAGCUUAUUCUCCUUCUGGUCUUGGAAGCAAAGUUUUUAAAAGAAAAACAUGUGACUUAAGAAAGGAACGUGCCUCCAAAGACCUUCUGGAGGUGGCCGUGGGGCCCAGCGCAGCUUGGGGACUUGAACCCGGGCAGCUGCAGCCAAACCAAAGACAAGAGGCCACGGGGGCCCUGGCCAUACACCCUGGCUCCCUCUGGAACUGGGACUGCUGUGAGGUUUUCAGCAUCCCAUCAGGCGAGAGGUCGGCCUCCCCGACGGGGAACUGCCACCCUGGGGAACGGCAAUGGGGAGGCUCCGCGGUACAAGUUUCAGUCCCCAAGGCUACCACUCCAUGGAUCAACACGGCACUUGGUAAUUUCUGGUCAUUUAUGUUGUAAAAAUAAAAGCCCCGUCCACCACC